CCGCCUCACCUCCCCGUGUAUCAUUCCGCGGGGCCGUCCACUUCCGGCGAACAGUCGCCGCCAUCUUGGACGCCUUUUAUUUUUAAACAAAAUUUAAAACGGGUGCCGGCAGCGGGUGGCUCGGAGCGGGCGUGGGGAGAGGGGCGGAGCACCGGCCGGCUGGGCGAUCGGGCGGGCCGGCAGAAAACGCGGGCUCGGAAGCCAGGCCGGGCGGUGGCCGCUGAGAUGUCCCUGGUGGAUUUGGGGAAGAGGUUGUUGGAGGCAGCUCGAAAGGGUCAGGAUGAUGACGUUCGGACACUGAUGGCAAAUGGUGCUCCCUUCACCACGGAUUGGCUCGGCACCUCUCCUCUUCACCUUGCUGCACAAUAUGGCCAUUACUCCACAGCAGAAGUCCUUCUCAGAGCUGGAGUUAGCCGAGAUGCUCGCACCAAAGUUGACAGGACACCACUACACAUGGCAGCAGCGGAAGGCCAUGCAAGCAUUGUAGAACUGCUAAUCAGGAACAACGCAGAUAUAAAUGCUAAAGACAUGUUGAAGAUGACAGCUCUACACUGGGCAGUAGAGCACAACCAUCGCGAGGUGGUGGACAUUUUACUGAAAUACGGAGCAGAUGUUCAUGCUCUGAGCAAGUUUGAUAAAAAUGCCUUUGACAUCGCCCUUGACAAGCACAAUCCUGAUCUGGUGGCAAUGUUGCAGGAAGCCAUGCAGAAUCAGGUUAACACAAAUCCAGAGAGGACAAACUCGGUUGCCGUCGCAACCCCUCAGUUCAUCAUCGCACCAGCGGGGGUAAUGAAUCUGACUGGGUUAGUUUCUUCAGCACCUACCAAAACAACCUCAGCUGUGACAGAGGAGGUUGUAACUACGGACUCUGUCGACUCUGCAAUUCAACAGGUGGUAGGGAGUGGAGGUCAGAGGGUUAUCACGAUAGUGACUGAUGGUGGCGUACAGCUGGGCAGCCUUCAGGCCGGCCUAAGUAGUGGUCAGCCGUUCAUUGUGACCAUGCAAGAUGGGCAGCAAGUUCUGACGGUCCCCACUUCCCAUGUCGAAGAAGAGACCAUCAUCACAGAAGAAAUGGCAACAGCGAAACAUUGUCAGGAGACGGUCCUUAACCACUCAGAGCCAAUGGAGAAGGAUGUGAACGACUCUAUGGAGAGGGAGCUCCUUCAGAAGCAGCUCCAUGAAGCAAACAGGAAGGCCCAGGAAUAUCGACAGCAGCUGCUGAAGAAAGAGCAGGAAGCAGAAGAAUACCGCAUGAGACUGGAAGCCAUUGCCCGGCUGCACACCACAGCUGAAGAAAUCACCGUGGUGGAGGAGGUCACAGAUGAUGGCACUGUCUCAGUCAUCAACGUGGCAACAGAGGUGGAGGGUCCUGAGACCACAGUGGAAACAAUGGAGCAGCCCCUGGACAUGGCAACAGAAACAGUGACUUCAUAAAAACACCCUUGCCUCCUACUCAUUUUCUGACAGCCUGUUUCUGGUGUGCAUGUGCGCACACGCACAUUCUAAGACAGUUAUAGAUACCUGAGCAAAGCAGAAGCAGCUUAGGGUCAGGCUGUUGCUCACUGCCACGCCACAGAGAUUGGAUAGAGACUCCUUUAGGAGAUCUAUACCAGGAAAUCGCUGAACACUAACAGGUACAAUUCUACCAUAAAUGGUUUGGGAUAGGAAACCUAAUCCACAAUUCCUGUUUAUACAGAGAAGAAUCCCAUUGUUGGAAUGCAAGUGUGGAAGGGAAGACUAUAAACACUGUGAUGGUUUAUGAUUUAUCUUUCUUGGUUGAAGAGAAGGCCAAUGGAAUGUUGUUGAUCCCACCCACCACCGGUGUACCCAAGCUCCUGCUCACUAAGAACAGGCUUCUCUUGGCGUUGGUUGAUUGAGAUUUUGUUAUCUUUAAGUAUUUUAAACCAAAAAAGCUGAAAUUUCUUGCCUCAAUUACGGAGAAAAGUGAGUGGAUAAUUUUAAAUUAUUUUUAAAUGCAGAAUCUUCCACUGUACAGUAUGCAAUCAUUCAGGGGGAAGAUAUUUGGGGGUUGGGAAGAUUGGGAAAAGAGUUCAGUGUUAAGUCUUUUUUUUAAGCAAAUGUUUUUGGAAUGAUAUUUGGUAUUUUCAGGCUUUUGAUAUCCUCAGAGCUGUCUGUGUUCUAAACAUACUUACCCCCAGAAUAUGGGUAGGAACCAAGCUUUUUAUUUUCUGUCAGCCUUUCUGGAAAAGUUUAUAAAGCCCUUUUAAUCUGUAUUUUAUAGUGAUUUCUGUCACUGCUCAGAAAUGUUUUGAAGGACACCAACUGCAGUGAUUACUUUUUUAUGGAGGCAAAGGUUUGACUGGUAAACUAAAGUGCUAGAUGCUGCCUGUCUCUUUGAGCACAGUAUUUCUCAUCUUUACGAACACACAAGGAAGAGUUGGUCCUUUCUAGGUAACUGUGUAAAGUGGAGGAUAUACAGGGCAAGUUAGAUGUAACCGUCUUGUCUUCAAUUUUGUUCAUUUCACUUUUUCUGAUGCUUGUUUUCAAGCUUAACCUGAGAGGACCCAUCCUCUUGCUAGAAAGGUGAAUGGUCUAUGACUCUAUAAUUAAGCUUAGUGAUAACUUUACAAAUGUCAACUGCGUUUAAAAAAAUUCACUUUUUCUAACUACUUUAUCCAAUCAGAUCUACUUUCAUCCACACACUGUUGAACGUGAAGAUUUGUCUUUUAAAAAGUGAGGAACACUUUAAAUGCUUUUAUUCUUUGCCAUUACUCUGUGAUUCAGCAUUUGUUGAAUCACAGAAGAUGGUUAUUGUAGAAGGCAAUGCCAAUUGGCUUUGCUAGCUGGUGUACCUUGUCUCCAAACAUCGGAGCUGAUCACCUUUACAUGAGCAAGGCCAGUGAAUCUGAAGGCUGCUUCAAGAAUCUGAAGUUGGGAUUCACUUUAUCAUAUCUUCUGUAUGUUCAUUUCAUUUGCAGAAAUGUCCCCUCACCUCCAUGCUAGCUUCAUUUCUAAUGUUGUAGAUUGCAAGUUUCUCAGUGAUUUGAAGGUCAGCUGUGUGGAGCAAGAGUUACGAGAUCUGUACAGUCCCACAGGAGAGACUGCAGUGGAGCAAUCUACAAUGUUUAUGCACAGGAGGUGGAGUAAAGUGGGUAAUUUUUCCUUAAAGAGGAGGACUUAUUGAGAGGAAUUCCCACUUCACUACCUUCUGCAGCCACACUAAUGCCCCCUGUCCCCAUCCCAAGAUGUACUUUUAACAGGUAGUCAUCUGUAAAAUGAACCACGGUUACACAUUUGCUGACAGAGUGGAAUAUUUAUACAAUUAUCAAGGCUUUCCAAAAGCACUUCCUAUACAAAGGCUAAAUAACAACUGCACUUGUGAUUUAGUAAGUUUUUAAUGAAUAAUUUUUUAACUGAACCUUCUGUGUUCAGGACAUUGGCUCUACAACCAUGGUCUUGCUUCAGUUCUACUAUCCCUUUCUUUAUCAUUUGAAAAGAACAGUAUUUUUAAAAUUAUUUUUAUUGUCAUCUAAGGUGCCUGAUUUAGUUAUUUUAAAACUAUUCAGAUUACCUGGUAGUUGGUAUUAAUACACCAUUUAAAAUGGUGCCUAUUUUUUUUAAUCAAAUGUACAUUUAAGGUCAUACUCAGCCUGUGGUAUUGGGAAAGAUUGGUGAUUUUUUUUUGUCAAGUAAAGGAUUGCUGGAGGCACUGGGGGCUGUUUCAAUCAGCCGCUGGGAUUUAACAGCAUCAUCGCUCAGGCUGGCUCCCUGUACACGUAACAAGUGAAUGUCAAUUUACUAGUGUCACAACCCACGGAGAAACAUCCCUGGUUAGACAAACCAAGAAUGAAGGGAGCCACAGUGUAAAUAUCUUUGUUAAAAGGCUGGACUCUUCAUUAAUUAGUCAGAAGCAACACUAUCUGUUCCAGGUCCUUUGGAUCAAAACUUUAUUGUUUCAUUGGCGUCCAUUCAUUUGAUUUGGGCAGUUAUUGCCCGUCCAUUCUCCCUUACUGUCCCCAUUCUCUGCCCCCCCCUCCCCCGUAAUAACUGGAGUUCCUCCUUAUUAAUGUGUGAUUAUGCUUCUAAUUUCACUCAUUAAUUGUGAGGUGUAAAAUGAAUUCCAUUUGCCUGUUGGUUUUUAAGUGGUAUCUCUGAGGGGGAGAUAUAUUGACUGGAUCCAAACCAUUUUCCUCUCCAUUUGUAACGUUUCUCGGGUGACCAGGAAACUUCGAGCUCUUGAACUUUUGAUUCCAGAAAGUUGGCUUGGCCAACAAUGGUGAGGUUCAGUGAGGAUUGUCUUCUUCCCCAACUUGCAACGGAACUAUACAUGAUGAGAGAAUGGAACUUACAGAACAGAAUGCAGUACCAUGCUAGUCAUAGGUCACUGUUCAAACCAAAUGUCGGGGUAAGGAACAAUAUAAGUACUGUAGAAUAGAUAGGGAGCAGCUGGUGUUAGGCUGUCUGUAUCUCCCGUGUGUUUACUGUGUUUAUCUCCCAAUAGAGGGUGCUAUUGGACUAAUGCAAGAAACAAAUUACAGUACGUGCAGCCACAGUGUUAGCUAGAUUUGUGAUGUGUACUGAUGCUGUUAUUGUAAUACUGUCAGCACGAGCAGAUGGACCCCAUCUUCUCUGCUCUCCCCAUUUGUUUUACUAUUUUGCCACCAAUGAACAUCCUAGCCAAAUGAAUCUAAAUGUCACAGCUUGAAGCUUUCCUUCAGCUUCAGAAAACCUUUCCUACCUCAAAGGUUUUUGUGGCCACGUCUUCAGCUAACUCUCCACUUGAGAAUAGAAUUCACUCCUUGUUAUCCUAGCAGCCAGUCUGAGAGCCCUUUCCUAUCCUGGUUGAAUGUUUCCUGUGUCCAUACAGCAUCAAAACAUUAAUUGCACUGGUCCAGGUGAAAUAUUGUUGAAAACCAGAGGAAGAUAAUUGGCAACUUAGCACAGUGCUCUGUGCAUGUUGGGGUUAGGGUGUCAGUCUAGAAAUUAUUAAGUUAUAGUUAUCCUGACAAUAUGAAAGGGGAUAGUCACUCAAUUGAAGGUGGUGACAAGAGAUCUAGAGGAUGUUGAAGUAUAAUGUGACUGCAUUACUCAACACUGAUGAAACCUGUGUCAUCUGGGGAGAAUAGAUUCAUGUUCCCCAAGCUCAGGAACUCCAGCAUAACUUUUGUGAUUUCUACUUCCAUUUGUAAAAAUGUCUCUGUUUUGUCUGAGACCCAUAGCCUGUCAGAUUUUAAAUCGUGUGGUACUUUGUGCUGCAAAUUGUCUUCCUGCGUCAGUACUUUGUAGUGAAGAUCAGUGACACAUAUCCUAGCCCUGAAAUUGAUACUUAAAAGUUCUCUUCCUUCCCCUUCGUUUCUCUUCCCCCCGCCCAACCCAGUCACUUUCAGCAAGUGGUUAUCCAGCCAGUCAUCGGGGCAAGCCUGGAGAAUUCUCCCCUCCUGCUUUCCAGCUAUUCACCUGAAACUAGCAAUGGAGGGGUUGGAGGAUAGAACAAAAUAAUCAUUAGGUAAUUACAUAAAAGCUGGAGUGGAGCUUGGCCAAGGUAGUUCAGUCUGUACACUUGAAAGCUUCUGCUGUUCACUGGAUAACUCGGAACUGUAACCUGCCAUGGUCAGGUGUUCUGAAUGCAGCAGAGGGUUGUCUCUGUCUAUGACUCAACAGAGAGCAAAACAAGGGUCCAGAAAUGAGACUUCAGUCAUGUUAAUGUUGUCUAUGUGGCCAUCAGGGUUGAUUAGAUAAUGAACAAGCUGCAUAACUAGCUUGCCAUGUACAAGGAGAAAUCCCUGUCUAAUCAGGAUUAGUGGGAAAGCAGUCAACCUUCAGUCAUAAAACAGGGUGGAUGUGUGAGGCUCAGUCGUUGGUGGAAUUAAGGAAAAUAUGUAAAUUAGCUGUACCAAAACUCCAUUAUGUAAGACUGCUGCCAGUCUGAAACACCUGUACUUGGUAAAAGCUUAGCUUCUGUGGGAAUUGACAGGAUAAACAUUGGUCAAAGCUGCUUCAGCACAUCAAAUGAUUGUUGUCACAUUAACUGUGUCCAUUGGAAAUACAGGGUUGAGACAUACUGAAAAUGGGAAGGUUAUAGGAUUACAGUGUCUGAGCAAAUAGGUUUGCCAGGAUAUUGUUGCUUGGCCUGUACUGAAUGGGCUUCUGGAAACUGAGAAAGGUUUUUGAAAAUGAAGAAUCCAUAAUCUUUCCCUUUCAGGCUUGUGGAUGGAUAGGGUUUAGGUGAGUGGGAGAAUAAGUAACUAACAAUCCUCUACAAACAUCAUGAUUGUAUUUUUCUGUGGAAAGGAAGGUGAUGAACUUCAGCAAGAGCAGUGUUGCUAUUUUGCACCAUUUCCUUUGUGCUCAUUCCUCUAUGAAAGUGGAUGUUAUUAGUGUCCAAAUGUCCUGAAAUUGUCUGCACCAAUCCUAUCACACAUCAGUUACCUUUCUGUACUACUGCAUCUUCUGUUUUGUAAAUAUCUUACUGUUGUGUUCAAUAACCUGUGAGGUUUACUGGCUGGACUGCUUACUUUUAAAUGUGGUGGCAGAUGAGUGUCUGAGAUCCUUGGGGGGCAAAUAGAUACUCUCAGCAGCUCCCCCUGUUCCUUGUGUUACUGUUGCAUUUCCAGCAGCCAGUGUUCAUUGUACAGCUAUGGUCUUGUCCACUCUGUGUCUGGCUGAUUUUAAUCCUGCUUGGCCAGCCAGCAUUGCUCAGGAAAGGCAUUAAACAAAUAUCCAUAUUUGUUUUCCUAGGAUUUUAUCCAGAUUCUGCAUUUACCAAUUCAAAAGCUUGCAGUUUUUAGUGACCCUUUAAAAUUAUCAGUGGCCCAAUAAGGGAAUGAAUUCUCAUUGCCUGUGGCUGUGAGGAAGCCUUGAAUCAUACCUGGUGCGCCUUUAGUACAGUGUACUGUUACAGAGUUUCAGUAUCUUAUGUACAGAAUUCCUUUACAACUAGCUUUGUUUUUAGAAAACGAUACAGAUUGUUAAAUAAAUCUUGUAUAUACAUUUUUGUACCAUUAUUAAGGGCAUACCUUUCCUAAUAAAAUACAAAAAUAACUUUUA